GUAAACCUCAUGUUAAAGUGUGGAAAGGAUUUUGUUUUUCUGCUCUUUCUGCGUCUGUCCCUCUGCAGACCUCCACAGCUGCACCCUGGGCAAAGAGCUCUCCAUGAUUGCUCUUGCUCAACACAAGCUUUGUGUUUGCUCUUUUAUUGCCCUCAGAGCUGAUUUGCAUGCUCUGCUCUGACUGCCAGUCUCCAUCCACAUUUGUUUUGUGGCUUUAUGUCGCUGCAGCGGCUUUGACUCCAUUUAGGGUCCAUGGCCUCUGCAAUAGAUCAACCCUCGUCUUCUUUGAUUCUUCUUUGUUUGUUCUUUCAGAUCCACUUCCUGUUGCUGUUCAGUCGGCAGGGGAAGCUGCGGCUGCAGAAGUGGUUCACACCCCUAUCAGAGCUAGAAAAGAAGAAGGUGAUCCGGGACAUGACUCUGAUGGUGUUGGCCCGUCCACCACGCACCUCCAACUUCCUGCAGUGGAGGGACCUGAAGAUUGUUUACAAGAGGUAUGCCAGCCUGUAUUUCUGCACUGGCUUGGAAGAGAAGGACAACGAGCUGCUGGCUCUGGAAAUGAUCCACAGAUAUGUUGAACUGUUGGAUAAAUACUUUGGUAAUGUUUGCGAGCUGGACAUCAUCUUUAACUUUGAGAAGGCUUAUUUCAUCCUGGAUGAGUUUCUGAUGGGCGGAGAGAUCUUAGAAACCUCCAAGUUUGCUGUGGGUGGGUCUGUGGAGGAGGCCGACACCCUUCAAGAGACGAUGGAGGAGUAUAUGAGCAAACCCGCCUACUGAGCUGAGAGAACAUGACAACAAAUCACGUUUCUGUCUUCAUGAACUUCAUCAUCUGGACGCCGUGUGACUCAAAAAUCAUUUUCUUUAAAGUUUUAAAGCCCCCUCUACUCGCCCACACACAAACUAGCUUAAUGAGGUGUGGGUGUGCGGAUGAUUAACUGGAGAAACACUAGACAGUAAGGAAAAAAAUAACAUCAAUGCUUUAUUCAUCUCAGGUUUAUCACAUAUUACCACAUUUAAGAAAAA